AGAGGCGGUGCCGGGCCGAGGCGGUGCCGCUCCGCCCGCGGCGGCGGCGCCGCGCUGCCCUGCCCUGCCCGCGCCGCGUGAGCCAGGCAGCGGGGAGCCAGGCAGCGGGGACCCAGGCCGCUCCGCGCCGCCGGCAUGUCCGCGCCCUGCUGCGCCGGCCAGUUGGCCUGCUGCUGCGGUACUGCCGCUUGUUCCUUGUGCUGCAGAUGCUGCCCCAAGAUAAAACAGUCAACCAGCACCCGCUUCAUGUAUGCGCUUUACUUCAUCCUGGUGACUAUCAUCUGUUGCGUCAUGAUGUCAACAACAGUAGCUAACGAAAUGAAAACACACAUUCCCUUCUACAAGGAGAUGUGCAAGGGUAUUCAGGCGGGUGAGAUGUGCGAGAAGUUGGUGGGAUACUCUGCGGUGUACAAAGUCUGUUUUGGAAUGGCCUGCUUCUUCUUUUUGUUCUCCUUGUUCACCAUCAAAAUUAACAGCAGCAAAAGCUGCCGAGCAUACAUUCAUAAUGGAUUCUGGUUCAUUAAACUUAUACUUCUGGCGGCAAUGUGCUCAGGAGCCUUCUUCAUUCCCGAUCAGGACACUUUCCUCAAUGCUUGGCGCUAUGUAGGAGCAUCAGGAGGUUUCCUUUUCAUUGCCAUUCAGCUCAUCCUGCUUGUUGAGUUUGCACACAAAUGGAAUAAAAAUUGGACUGCAGGUGCAAACCACAAACAGAUGUGGAAUGGUUUGCUUGCCCUGGUCACUCUCAUCCUGUACUCCGUUGCUGUGGCAGCCCUGGUCCUCAUGGCUCUUUUCUACACACGUGCUGAGGGCUGCAUGUACAACAAGGUCCUGAUUGGUGUUAACGGCAGCCUGUGCCUCUUUGUGUCGCUGGUGGCCAUAUCGCCUUGUGUCCAGAGUCGUCAGCCCCAUUCUGGUUUGCUUCAGUCAGGAGUUAUCAGCUGCUAUGUCAUGUACCUCACUUUCUCAGCACUAUCCAGCAAGCCACCAGAAACUAUCCUGGAUGAAAACAAUCAGAACAUCACAAUCUGUGUACCUGAAUUUAGUCAAGGCCUACACAGAGAUGAAAACCUGGUUACUGGCCUGGGCACUACCAUUUUGUUUGGCUGCAUUUUAUAUUCUUGUUUGACCUCAACAACACGUGCAAGCUCAGAGGCACUGAGGGGAAUAUAUGCAACAGCUGAAACUGAAGUGGCUCGUUGCUGCUUUUGCUGCAUGCCUGAUGGAGACGCUGAUGCUGACGAGCACAUUGAAAAAAGGGGAGGCCAGACUGUGAUUUAUGAUGAGAAGAAAGGCACGGUGUACAGUUAUGCCUACUUCCACUUCGUUUUCUUCUUGGCUUCACUCUACGUGAUGAUGACAGUAACUCAUUGGUUCCAUUAUGAAAGUGCUCAAAUUGAAAAAUUCUUCACCGGAACCUGGUCCACCUUCUGGAUUAAGAUGGUCUCCUGUUGGGUUUGUGUAUUUCUGUACCUAUGGACUCUUAUUGCUCCGCUGUGUUGCCCAACCAGAGAGUUCUUAGUGUGAACACUCAAAAGGUCCUUCUCGGUUUUUUUCUCUCUCUUUUUUUUUUUUUUUCACCUGUUACAAAUAAAAUACUAGGGUCAGUUUUUAAUGAGGCAACGCCUGUUGCCCAUUUAUCAUAAUGUAUCAGCUACUAACUUUUUAGUCAGACUAAACAAAUGAUUGAAGACUUUUUUACCUUUUUUAAUUGUCAUGAACAGGCAUUGCCCAAGGGAACGAAUCUGUUCUAAAACUUUGUAACACUGAUGUCUGCGGUGUAGGAGUUGUUGCAUAAACUGGAAUAAGUGAAAUUCUUUUCAAAUCACUGACAAUCUUUCUCUGACUCCAUUGGCAAGAAAAGACAAAAACAUGGUGCAGAUGUAUCUCCUUCCUUCUUGUGAAUGUUGUGUAUCUUCUAGCAAAUAUGCAUUCCUUUUUAUACUCUUUUAGUAACUGUGUCUUUUACAGGUUGCAGUGAUAAUUUGGAGUGCUGUUUUGUACAGCAUGUAAUUCUUCGAAGUAGUAUCUAGAUAAUUUCUUCUUAAAACAUACCAAUACUUUUGUAGAAAUAGAGGAUAUGUAAGAAUUUGACCGCCAAAGCAUCUUCUAAAAAUUGUUUGUCUAAGUAUUAAAUAUAUUAAAUUAUUGUAUACCUAGAUUGAGAAAGGAAUGUAGCAAUGAUAAUAGAGUAUUUAUUCUAUUAUAACUUUAAAAGGCACCUGAAUAUUUUGUGCAGUUCAGGUGUGGUCCAGUUGGUAGCAGAAGGGGAUUUCUACACACAAAUUCUUAAAUUCUGAAUUUUGUCCAACUUUGCCAGCUCACUUAAACUGCAAGUUGUGUGUACUACGUGGGGAUUUAAAAUACAGAACAUUCUUUAUUCAGAAUGUUUGCUGUUGAGAAAAUGCUAAUUACAGGAGCACUGCCAGUUGCUGUUAAAUUUAGAAGUGGAGUGCUCAUUUACUUUUCUACGCUGCUCUUUCAACUUUUGUCUGAAGGUUUCCCAGGAUCUUCAGUUCUGUUUCCAUUACUAAUUUUGUAGUAUUUUAAAUGCAUUGGUGGUCAGAAAAGGACUACAGUGCGUCAUCUUCCUUUUCUGCCUGUGUGUCGGUUGGAAAGUAUUCUUCUUAACUGCUAUAUUUUUAUACUCCUCUGUUGAUGUUAGUUUUGCUGUUGGGAUGGGACUUAGCCAACCAGUCCAUUAAUGGAGACUAAACUUCUUUUGGAGAACUUCUGUUCCAAGCAGUGGAGUAAACAUUCAGAACAACAAAACCAGAUGACACAAAUGUAACGGAAGCUGCCUUAGUACAAAUGACUGACUUGACAGUAUUAAACCCUAUAAUGUCACUUUUAUUUGCUUUAAGCAGAUGAUUUGGUGGUAGAACAACAGCUCAGAUGCCCUAAAUGAUGAAUAAGGUUGAACUCACUGUGGUUAUCUACAUCCUAGUGGGAUGAAUUUAUGACUUGUGCUAGUCUCAAGGGUUUUGUUUUCUUCUCUCUCCCUAUACAUAUAUAUAUAUAUAUGUACAGUGUGAAAUAUGCAGGAUAUAAACAAAAUCAAUCCAUUUAGCAGUUCUUUUUUUGAAAUAUGAUUGAGCCUUAAAUCUUCACCCAAUGCUUUCUGCAGAACAAAGAAAAGCACAACAUAGAGGCCAAUGAGAUGGCAAAAAUAUUUGCCUGCCGUCUUUAUUCUGUUGCAAUAAUUGAUGGCCAAUGCACACCUGGUGAGUAAUCCUGACAUAACAGAUCUCAGUACUGCUCCUGUUUUCAUUACCAGUUUUAGCUGCCUUGUUGCUACGGUAUCUAAGGGCUUCUGUCCUGCUUGGAGCUUCCUAGAGGUGUGAUCUUCCCGGCCCCAUGCACUCUUACCUCAAAUGAAAUCUACAGGUCUUCAGUCCUGUAUACCUGUACCACCUACCCCAGUGAUUAGGGGCCUCAAAAUACAUGUAAUGAGAACUGAGGGAAGGAGUCAUCUGUCCAGAGAUGUCUCUUGCUGCUCUUCUCCUUGUUUGCGCCUAGGGUAAAAAUCAGUUGAAACUUAGCUUUGACAUUGAGUUAGAGAAGCAACAAAUAGCUCUGGAGAGGGAGGCAGGGUUUUUUCUUUCCUUUUGCUUGUGCCGAGAGAUUCUGAUCUCGCCAAGAGCUCUGCUAGCAUGGGGGCCCGUCAGCAUGUCUCUGCCUGCAUUUGGAGUCCAGCCAUGCAGAUCCUUCUGCAACAGAAAAAGCCCUUUGUUAAUGCUUUUACAGUCUAGAGACCUUUAUCUGUCCCAUCUCUAAGAUUAGAUCUUAUGGACUGUGCAAUGAUGACUAACAGUUGUUGCGCUGAACUCAUAGCAGCUAUUCUGACAGUCUUGAACCCGUGCUAGAGCUGUGAUCUGCAGCUGGUUUAGUCCAGGCUCUUGCUCCUCGCUUGGCAAAUGCUGUUCCCUGAAGUACAGAGGCUCUCAGGAGUUACCUUCUAGUGCUAUAUGUGUUGUACUAUGAGAACCCAAGCAUGUUUUUUUAAAAAUUAGCAAUGUUUUUUAUAGCAGAACAAUCUGGGCAAGGAGCUCUACAGAAGGUGGCAGGCACUCUGUCAAGUUAUAAGGUAGGGAAUGGUAACUGUUCUCUGGUUAUGAUAGCAGACAUCCCAGUCACAAACGUGGAUGAUCUUAAUACAUUUCUUAGCCAAUGGAUGUUCUUAUUUCUUUACGAAAACACUUAGUUUACGUAGGUAGUAUAUGCCUGCGUAAAGACUUCCUGCACCUCUUUGUGCUCUUUUUUUAUAGUUUGUAUUUAAGGAAAUAGGUUUUGCACAGAGGAAACAGGGUUGUAAAAGGAAAGUCCACAAUGAGGCAUGAGUCCAUUCUUUUUACACAGCGCUCACCUUGUUGAGUUGCUCCUUCAUCCUUCCCCUCCACCAACUAUUUACCUAAAGGAUCUCAGUCUGCAGGUGGGGAUGGGGCAGUGCCUGACUAUACUGCUUUAUCUACUUCUGAGAAAACAUUGUGGGAAAAGACCUCAAAAAUAACUUUGAGGACCUGUGUGUCCAUGCUGUGGCCCCAGACCCAGCUAUGGAUCUCCAAGUCUUUCUAAAGAAUCAGUAACUGUUGGCACCUGGGUGUGCAAAGCCUCUAGUUCUUCCGUGAGGCAUAGCUUCCUGCUGGCCAGGCAAAUGUUACAGCCUUAGUGUUUGCUGUAGAAUCUGUACUGUGAACUUCCAUGUGCAACUACUUAGUAAUAUCCUCAGCUAGGGCCCAGUUCACAGGCUACAAACAGUUAACACAAACAGCCUUGUAAAACCUUUUGAAGAAGUGCCUUUAUACCUACUUGCUGUGAUAGUUGAUAAUUCAGGUGGCACUGGAACUGGAAAACCUGACCUGAGCCUGUGGCUGGGUGACAUUGCCUUGUACGUUACACCACUGUCUACAGGACACAGACCCGUGGUGCACGUGGAAGACCAAAUAAUCUGUGCUGACAAACCUCUGGGGAUAAGACUGAUUCAAAUAUUACUGUGCAGUGGAAGAUGAACUGGGAAAACUCACAAAUAGCCUGAUGCUUUUGUAAAUAAAUGAAUAGUUGUUGCUUGCAUUUACAUUUAAACUGUAAAUAGCUAGCUUUCUCUUUCCAUACCUGGAAGAGCAGGUAACUGCUCUGCUUGAGGUGACUAGCUUUGCGGUGUCUAUCCUGCCUUGUGCCGCAAUUGUUGAUUGAAUUUGUUCCCAGACAUAAGUGAGCGCUGCAGCACUUCUGGCUCCUGGUAUUUUGGGGCUGUGUGAAGUAAGGAAGCUGUUGUUACAAAGACAGGAAGACUAGAGUACAUGUCCUGUAUUGUUUCUUCUAGUUAAACUUGAUUUUGAACUAAUGCUAUCGUUUAAUGGACUGUUGGAGGAACAGACAGUGUUGGCAGCGGUCAGUUUUGUUGGGAAGGUAAAACAAUUUUAUCAGCGUUUUCCUACUUUUCCAAAUUUGUGGUCGUAAGAAAGGUCAUUUGGAACCUCAGUGCUGCACUGCUCUCUGAGACUGGAACGGUUUUAGGUUUUUUCACGAAAGCAACUGAGAGCUGGAAUCGUGACUGGUUCUUGUUUGGGGUAAAUCAAUGGGAUGGACUCAGAGAGCAAGUCCCUGAAUCCAAAUAGCUGGACUAACAAGUGAGACCACAACACCGUAUGAAGAACGUGUGGAAAGCAGAUGGACAUGCUUGUUUGCUGUUUACCACCUAGUUCCUCAGAGUGUGCAGCUAGCCUUUGCAGCUGGAACUCCACUGUGAUCACACAUCAGAGUUACUGCGUGUUUGUGAUACCCUUAGCUUUGUACUUUGAGCAUUUCCACGAGGUUCAAAAUGAUCAUACCUGCCUGGCUAAUUCAGUAAAUCCUGGCUGGGUUGGGCCACCUUUGUCUGAAACGGGUAAUUCAGUAUUGCUAAUGUAUGCGUAGUCCAGAGAGAGGGUUUGUCCCCUCACACAAUCAUAAACACUGCAUGUCUAUUUAUUUAUUUAUUUUGUGUUUUAGCACCUUUUUACCAAUCUAGAAGCGCUUUGAGACUGUAAGCUAUGCACAUAUAACUGCUUUAUCAGCCACUGGUGCAGCCAUUUCUGGGCUAGAACAUUGCUAUUAAUGAAGCAGCCAUUGCACUUGCAAAAAAGCUGGUUUUUAGCAGUUCUCUGGGUUUGACCAAUGCAUCGGGAAAAUUUGAGAACUCAAGAUAGUACUGCUUGAACUUUGGCCGGCAGCCCACAGUACCACGGGUGUCUCUGAGCAGGUUGGUAACAAAGUGAUCCACUGACUGCUCUUAAAACACGCGGUAAGGAUUUUAUGCUAUAAACUAUUAGGCAUUGCUUCUAAAGUUGAUGAAACAUAAUACCAUGAGCUGUACCUGUGUGGUUAGAUGAGCAAGAUUAUCUGCAGCUAAAAUUUUGCUCUUAUCUUUCCUUCUGAGCUUUAGAAGCAAUGUCUUUUGCUUGCAGGCUGUAUCUCCUCCUCAUUUUAUUUGCGUUUUUCUCCUCAGAUUUGUUUUUUAAAGGCAUUGUAAACCUGCUUUGCUCCCAUUCUGCUUCUUGUCAAGUGUGAUGUCUUUGGUGCUGGAAACCAGCAAAUACUUCUUUGCCAGGUCUUGUUGGUCCUUUCUUCUUUACAGCAGGACAACCUGCAAUGUUGAAGUGAAGUCGAGGAUCAUAGCUUAUUGUACAGACCAGUUUUCCUCUGUGAAAUCUUGUUUUCUGAAGUGGCUUACAAGUUCUCGUGGGAGGAAAACACAUAAUCAGCACCGUGACAUUUUACUUUGCAUGUUCAAUUUUGUAAACAGUGGUUUGAACUGUUUCACAUGACUCUACAAGGGAAUGCCAGGGGUCAAGUGCUUAGAAAGCUUUGGCUUUUUGUGCUCGUUAACAGGAUACGUAGCUUGCGAACUGGUAUGUCUCUGCAUUUCCAACACCCUGAUGGCAGAAUGCCCGAGUGCCCCCGGAUGGGGGUGCAGACACACUGUGCAGUGUUUGAAGCAGAAACUUUGGGAGACUGGCAUGAUGGCUGCUUUCUAAUGCCCAGAGAAACUCCGUAGGUUUCAAGUAGGCCUUGAAUGCGGUUUUGUUUUGUCAAACCCAGUUUCAACUCCUUGCACACCCGUUCCAUAACGUUGUUUUUAAAAACUUGGAAUUUAUUUCAGAUAUAAGCCACGUUGGCUGCCCCCGUUUGCCAGUCUCCAAUAGCUUCCAGUGCCGUAGGGUACAGCUGUUUGCACAGACUCCGUGAGAGCCACAGUCAGCUUUGAAACCGCUCCGGCAGCCGAAAGCUUCCAGGGCUUUGCUCACCAGAGCUGCGGGGUGAGCACUGCAGCCGCGCUUUUGCCAAAGAAGCCUCGGUGCGAAGCCAAGAAGAAUUUUGGAAAGCUAUGGGGAAAUAAUGUCUCAUAACUCAUACCGUAGCUUUAUUUUUCCUCUUACCGACACGUGUCCAGGUGCUUAGGUUUUGUUGGACAUCCAUGCAAACUUCAAGUGAGGAUAAUUACUUUCAGAGAAAAUUGUUCAACUUGUUAUAUACAAGCUGAGAAGAUAUUUACUAGGAACAUGUGGAUUCACUGUCUGCUUUUUGUUUACCACCAAUGAGUGGGGUUCAGUAUCAUGUAUGCCGUGUUUGAAAACUGGAUGCAAAGUAGUCAAAAUGUAAACACUUUUUCUUAAUGGCGAGGGGAUUUUAAUUAGUCUUUUUCAAGGUUCUUAAUAUCUCAAGGGAACUUUUUUGGUGUGUAUGUGUGGUUUUAGUUUAUUGAGUUGUAGCCCAGUAAAGUGGAGGUUUGCUAGUUUAUUUAACAUUUUUUGCGAGUAUUGUGAUCUGUAAUAACUGUAACGCUUUGACUUUUAAGGAUUGGUUAAGAUUUCAGAAUUGUAAGAUCUUAAUUGUAAAAUAGUCAACAGCUUUGCCUUUUUAAAGCAUGUUAAUGGUUUUUAUGGACACUUCCUUUUGUAUACUGCGUGAAUGUAUUGUUAUAGAUUCCAUGUUUAAUGGACCAAUAAAGUUUUUCUUAAGUUUGAAA